AACAGACAACCGUUAAGCAGUGAAGUCUGAUCGCUCAGACACUCUUACCUUGUGAGGUGCAGCAGUCUCGUUCGCAAGCGCUAGCCUCCUGUUGUUGAAAUCUCAUCCGGGCGUAAGAAUAACUUUGUUGUCUUCUAACCGUUGCUUGAACUUUUUGUGUAGGUGACCCACGUCGCGUGAACGAUGCCUUCAACAAAGACGAAACAAUCCGGUUGGAAAUUUAUUGCGCUGUUCAUCUCUAUCGGUCUCUUCUCUACCCUGAUGACGUUUGCGCAGGGCGAAAGUGGAGACCUGAGCCGGGACGAUGAUCCGCUCGAACAAUCAAGAGGCUGUUUUGAAAACGUACAUCACGACUUCAGUCGACGUAUUUCUGACGAGUCCCAACGCGAACUCGGACGCAUCAUGGGCGAAAUCGCUGACGCUGAAGAAAAGUCGGUGAAUUCAAAGGAGAAAGGCGCUAUGUCCAAAUAUUUUCUGCGGGUCCUUAAGCGAGCAGAACACGUUGUCAUGGGCUCCAAAUCAUUUACGAUCAAAGACAAGACUCAGAUGAAAGCUUUCUUGAAGCAUCUGAGGAACUGCAUGCGUCACCCGCCGGCUUAGGCUGUUCAAUUGUGUCAAAUGGCCUCAAAAACGCUGGUCGUUUUCGGUACGUUUCAGUGGUGAUGACGCUACUUGUAAUUCGGAAUCGAAAACUUACUGACAUUACUUCAUUCUGUAUGCUGGCAUAAUAGCGAUAUCAAUAAAAUAUACAAAAAAGUUUGAAACUGUCUUCGAUCAAGAUCAAAACAAGAUAACAGCUGUUACGCCCCAUCAAUCUGCUGCAGAUAUGUAUAGAUUCAUUCAUACAGAGGGGCUUAAACAAGACAACUGCGGGUCAGAUUGGGGUAGAAGGCUCGUCAAUUCCAAUUCAUGUUCCUAACAAUUCUUUGCUGUCUUCUUCUGUACACCAUCAUUUCGUUGAUACAGAAAUUCUAUUACUUCAGUUUUAUUUUAGUUUAUGUUAUUCAUGAGAUCUGCUUCUAAUUUUCAAAUUUUACUUAGAAUAUAUUUUUAGCAAGCCUGUGCGCUGAUGUUCAAAUAUCCACUCUUAUUCCUGGAAUAAGCUAGUGCGGACAAAGGCUUGCUAGGCACGUUUUCUUUUCCCCCGUUAACGCGACUUGACGGUGGCCUUUUCUAGGAUCUGGCACAACUUUUCAUUGGGUAAAAAGGAAUGCUGUGGAACUGUAGCUAACGGUUAUAAGGUGGUAGAAGAAGCACUUAAUUAGCGAUAUGCAAAGGACCUCGGUAACUGUGAAUGGAGCUAAGAAACGUUCAUUCUAAUUAGAUACGAACACCGACCACUAGUUGGGAUUAAGUAAAUGUUAACCGAAUGAGAUGCUACAUAAAGCUUGCUAUAUACUCAUAUAUAAAACGGAUGCGCGCGAAACCGUAUGGAAUAUCUUCGGGACACUACCCGUGACAAAAAGGAUACUUGCUCGGAUCAGGGUCCUUAACGUUAGUCUGGGGGGAAUUCG